CCCGGGGCCCCAGGAUUAAAGGUAAUAUGUUACUGUGUGUGUGUGCUAACAUUAUGACAUUGGGCUAUUUGAGGUCAAUGGAAGGUGGCUCAGCUGUGCUGUAACUGUUGACCUUUUCUGUAGGGUCAAGAGGGACGUAGCUCUAGUAUCCCUGGCCCUCGGGGUGCAAAGGUAAAGAAACUCCUUCAUUCUAACUCAUCAUUUUGCUCCAUUCAUCCUAUGUAUAACUCUCCUACAUCUCCUAGUCCUCAGAUCUCCAUUAUCUGAAUCUCUCAAUUGGAAUACUUGAAAUCAUGCUUACGUUUAAUGCUUGAUUUAUAUCUCACAUAUGUUUCUCUUAUGCUAAAACUCAUACCCAUACAUAUCAUUUCUACCUAUACAGAAUCCAGUUACUUCAGUAAAAGGCCUUUUAAAUGGUGGCACUGAAUGGCUUUUAGAGUAGGCUAUGUUUUGUAGUUAUUAAGACAUGGCCACCUCUGCACUGCCACUGUGUGGCCAGUCUGUGGAGCUGCAGUUGAAAUAUGAAGGCGAGAACUCAUUCAAGGGUUUUUCUUUAUUUUUACUAUUUUCUACAUUGUAGAUUAAUAAUGAAGUCAUCAAAACUAUAAAUAACACACAUGGAAUCAUGUAGUAACCAAACAAAUCACAAUAUAUUUUAGAUUCUUCAAAGUAGCCACCCUUUGCUUUGAUGACAGCUUUGCACACUCUUGGCAUUCUCUCAACCAGCUUCAUGAGGAAUGAUUCCCACAUAUGCUGAGCACUUGUUGGCUGCUUUUCCUCCACUCCGCGGUCCAACUCAUCCCAAACCAUCUCAAUUGGGUUGUGGUUGGGUGAUUGUGGAGGCCAGGUCAUCUGAUGCAGCACUCCAUCACUCUCCUUCUUGGUCAAAUAGCCCUUACACAGCCUGGAGGUGUGUUUUGGGUCAUUGUCCUGUUUGAAAACAAAUGAUCGUCCCACAAAGCGCAAACCAGGUGGGAUGGCGUAUCGCUGCAGAAUGCUGUGGUAGCGAUGCUGGUUAAGUGUGCCUUGAAUUCUAAAUAGAUCACCGACAGUGUCACCAGCAAAGCACCCCCACACCAUCACACCACCUCCUCCAUGCUUCACGGUGGGAACCACACAUGCGGAGAUCAUCCGUUCACCUACUCUGCGUCUCACAAAGACACGCCGGUUGGAACCAAAAAUCUCAUAUUUGGACUCAUCAAACCAUAGGACAGAUUUCCACCAGUCUAAUGUCCAUUGCUCGUGUUUCUUGGCCCAAGCAAGUCUCUUCUUCUUAUUGGUGUGGUUUCUUUGCAACAAUUUGACCAUGAAGGCCUGAUUCACGCAGUCUCCUCUGAACAGUUGAUGUUGAGAUGUGUCUGUUACUUGAACUCUGUGAAGCAUUUAUUUUGGCUGCAAUUUCUGAGGCUGGUAACUCUAAUGAACUUAUCCUCUGCAGCAGAGAUAACUCUGGGUCUUCCUUUCCUAUGGCGGUCCUCAUGAGAGCCAGUUUCAUCAUAGUGCUUGAUGUUUUUUGCGACUGCACUUGAAGAAACUUUUAAAAGUUCUUGAAAUGUUCUGUAUUGACUGACCUUCAUGUCUUAAAAUAAUGAUGGACUGUUGUUUUCUCUUUGCUUAUUUGAGCUGUUCUUGCCAUAAUAUGGACUUGGUAUUUUACCAAAUAGGGCUAUCUUCUAUAUACCACCCCUACCUUGUCACAACACAACUGAUUAGCUCAAACGCAUUAAGAAGGAAAGAAAUUCCACAAAUUAACUUUUAAGAAGGCACACCUGUUAAUUGAAAUGCAUUCCAGGUGACUACCUCAUGAAGCUGGUUGAGAGAAUGCCAAGAGUGUGCAAAGCUGUCAUCAAGGCAAAGGGUGGCUAUUUGAAGAAUCUCAAAUCUAAAAUAUAUUUUGAUUUGUUUAACACUUUUUUUGGUUACUACAUGAUUCCAUAUGUGUUAUUUCAUAGUUGUUUAUGUCUUCACUAUUAUUCUACAAUGUAGAAAAUAGUAAAAAUAAAGAAAAACCCUGGAAUGAGUAAGUGUGUCCAAACUUUUGACUGGUACUGUAUAAUGUAAAUGUGUGUUCAUGUUUGUGAUUACCGGUAUCUGUAAUACUAACCCUGCUGUCCUCUUGGACUAGGUUUCUCUCAUUCAUGAGAUUUGAUCGCAAUGACUAGAUCAUCCUAGCAUCCUAACAUCACUUUCAUAUAUGUGUAGCACAUGGGGAAGUGGAACUACUCCUCAGCCUGAAGUGUACAGCUUGCAUCGACUCAUUAGCUUGCUUUUGAGGUGGCACGAUAGGCUAAGACGCUUGAGGGAGGACGGUCACGUGUGUUUGUGAGGCAGAGGUCCCGAGUUCGCGCCAGGAAUGGGCCAAAAUGGAAGGAGGUGGUACUCGCUAAGCAAGCAGUGUGACGUCCUUUACACAUACAGGUGGAUUAAAUUUGAAUUAUAUUCCAACUACAGGAUAUAUGUGUGACUGGUUCCAUUUCUCGUCUAGGGACACCAAGGGCCCCCUGGAGUCCCGGGACCGAAAGGGAUCAAACUAUACGCCCACGCUCCCUUCGAAUUGAAGGUACAGUCACGCCAAGUCAGACCUGGGUUCAAAUAUUAUUUGAAGUCUUUAAACUACUUUGAGCAUUUGCUUUAGCCUGCUUGGAGUGCCAAGUGGGUGGGGUUUGGACUUUUCUGUUGGUUUCAUUGCAACAGGCAAGUUCAAUAGAGCACAGCUAAAGUUUUACCAUAAUCUCGGUUAACCCAGAUCUAAAGUAUUGCGUAAUUGGUCAGAUGCUCGAUUAAGUUUUGGGUCCUUACAUGUUAAGAGAAGAGAUGAAACGAGGAUCGGAGCUGGAAUGAAGAGCUCCAACAUCUCUCUUUGCAAGUUACGGGCAAGUCUAUGUCCCCUCCCCUUCAGAAUUUCAUAAGAUGCUAACACCUGCGAAAUCGGGAUUUGUCCAAAGCACAGGACAGAUCUAUGGUACCAUUUAUGUUUACGUAUGUCUGUCCACGAGAGAUUACCAAUACCACAACGUGACCUUUUUAAUGCCCGCAACUGUGACCUGAUAAUAAUCAUUAAGAGAUUAAGAUGAUCAUUACUGUUAUUAAUCAAUAAAUACUGUGAUGUGGGUGUGGAGUAAAAUCUACCCUUUAAGAAAUCUGUGACCUUUGACCAAUCUGAAAACCUCACUGAUUGGUGUGAUGGGAGGUCAGCUGACCCUUGUCUUUUCUCUCUGCAGGGAGAGAUUGGUGACCUGGGUGAGAAGGGCUGUAACGGUUUACCUGUAAGUAAUCUCCUUGUUUUCCCACUCCUCAUACACAUCUAGCUUUUAAUCAUCUACGGUAUGUUUUAUGGGCAGAAUCAAGUUACAUUUGAUUUGACAGGGUCGUAUGACAUGCAUAUGACAGUGUCGUUUCACUAUGACAUUUUAGUCUACCAUAUAACACCCCUGACGUAGGAAGGUUGCUGUCCAUGGGUGUUAUGUCAGUACAGUUGUAAUGCAAACCGCUACCUCUGUCGUGACAUGUUAUAAUGCCGUUAUGUUCAGGUCAUAGUGAUGCUAUCAUAUAGUGUUACCUGGAAUCCUAGCUUGAGAUUCAGAAGUUUAACAGGCAAUUAGAUGAACUGUUCUGUCCUGACGUCUAUCUGUCUCUGUCUGCCCUCAGGGUUAUGCUGGCCACAUCAACUUUAAAGGAGCAAAAGGGGACAAGGGGGACCUUGGUACUGAGGUAUAACACUGACUCCACAUAUGGUAUAAAUGUAAUAUGAGCAUUAUGCCAUUAUACUGUAUAAGUGACUGACAUAUGUGAUGUUAUGAUUCUUACGGUUAUGAUGAUGACAGUGAUGGGAGGAUUUCAUGCCUCUGAGCAGUGUGAUAGAAUGAACAUGUGAUGCAAUGUAAAAAUGUGGUGGUGGUUUUGAUGAUUAGCUGAGAAACAGUACUAAGUGAUAAGUGGAUUGAGAGAUAUGCCUUCUCCUUUUGGAGGACUGACUAUCAUGAAUUCCCUUUUAGGGAAAGCCAGGGAAGGAUGGGGAUCGAGGACUCGUUGGAUAUAAGGUAGCUGUCUUAUCAAACAUAAAUUAUAAACGUUUUUUCUUUUCUGUUUGUGUGGGGGGGUGGGGUGGGGGUGGGGGGGGGUUGUAGUACUAUCCUUGUGGGUACCGGAAGUCCCCACAAGGAUAGUAAUUCAAGGAAAACGUCCCUCGUGGCGACAUUUCCCAGGUCCCCAUGAGGACAGAGGCUAUUUUAAGCUUAGGGUUUAGAGUUAGGAUUAGAAUUAGGGGUUGGGCUUUAGGGUUAGGAGUUAAGUUAGGGGUUAGGUUUAGGAUUCUGAAUGGAAAUACAUUUUAAGUCCCCACGAGGAUAGUAAAACAUACAGUUGAAGUCGGAAGUUUACAUACACCUUAGCCAAAUACAUUUAAACUCAGUUUUUAACAAUUCCUGACAUUUAAUCCUAGUAAAAAAUUCCCUGUCUUAGGUCAGUUAGGUUUACCACUUUAUUUUAAGAAUGUGAAAUGUCAGAAUAAUAGUAGAGAUAAUGAUUUAUUUCAGCUUUUAUUUCUUUCAUCACAUUCCCAGUGGGUCAGAAGUUUACAUACACUCAAUUAGUAUUUGGUAGCACUGCCUUAAACAAUUUAAACGUGGGUCAAUCGUUUCAGGUAGCCUUCCACAAGCUUCCCACAAUAAGUUGGGUGAAUUUUGGCCCAUUCCUCCUGACAGAGCUGGUGUAACUGAGUCAGGUUUUUAGGCCUCCUUGCUCGCAUACGCUUUUUCAGUUCUGCCCACACAUUUUCUAUAGGAUUGAGGUCAGGGCUUUGUGAUGGCCACUCCAAUACCUUGACUUUGUUGUCCUUAAGCCAUUUUGCCACAACUUUGGAAGUAUGCUUGGGGUCAUUGUCCAUUUGGAAGACCCAUUUGCGACCAAGCUUUAACUUCCUGACUGAUGUCUUGAGAUGUUGCUUCAAUAUAUCCACAUAAUUUUCCUUCCUCAUGAUUCCAUCUAUUUAGUGAAGUGCACCAGUCCCUCCUGCAGCAAAGCACCCCCACAGCAGGAUGCUGCCACCUCCGUGCUUCAAGAUUGGGAUGGUGUUCUUUGGCUUGCAAACAUUCCCCCUUUUUCUCCAAACAUAACGAUCGUCAUUAUGGCCAAACAGAUCUAUUUUUGUUUCAUCAGACCAGAGGACAUUUUUCCAAAAAGUACGAUCUUUGUCCCCAUGUGCAGUUGCAAACCGUAGUCUGGUUUUUUUAUGGCGGUUUUGGAGCAGUGGCUUCUUCCUUGCUGAGCGGCCUUUCAGGUUAUGUCGACAUACGACUCGUUUUACUGUGGAUAUAGAUAAUUUUGUACCUGUUUCCUCCAGCAUCUUCACAAGGUCCUUUGCUGUUGUUCUGGGAUUGAUUUGCACUUUUCGCACCAAAGUACGUUCAUCUUUAGGAGACAGAACGCGUCUCCUUCCUGAGCGGUAUGAUGGCUGCGUGGUCCCAUGGUGUUUAUAGUUGCGUACUAUUGUUUGUAUAGAUGAACGUGGUACAUUCAGGCGUUUGGAAAUUGCUCCCAAGGAUGAAACAGACUUGUGGAGGUCAAAAAAAUAAAUUCUGAGGUCUUGGCUGAUUUCUUUAGAUUUUCCCAUGAUGUCAAGAAAAGAGGCACUGAGUUUGAAGGUAGGCCUUGAAAUACAUCCACAGGUACACCUCCAAUUGACUCAAAUGAUGUCAAUUAGGCUAUCAGAUGCUUCUAAAGCCAUGACAUAAUUUUCUGGAAUUUUCCAAGCUGUUUAAAGGCACAGUCAACUUAGUGCAUGUAAACUUCUGACCCACAUAUAUCUGGAUAGAUAGUACUUAAACAUAUCCGGUGUACAUUUAUUUAUUUAUAACUAUAUACACUCUUGGCAUUCUCUCAACCAGCUUCAUGAGGAAUGCUUUUCCAACAGUAUUGAAGGAGUUCCCACAUAUUUACAUUUACAUUUUAGUCAUUUAGCAGACGCUCUUAUCCAGAGCGACUUACAGUUAGUGAGUGCAUUUUUUUUUUUUCAUACAUAUGCUGAGCACUUGUUGGCUGCUUUUCCUUCACUCUGCGGUCCAACUCAUCCCAAACCAUCUCAAUUGGGUUGAGGUCGGGUGAUUGUGGAGGCCCGGUCAUCUGAUGCAGCACUUCAUCACUCUCCUUCUUGGUCAAAUAGCCCUUACACAGCCUGGAGGUGUGUUUUGGGUCAUUGUCCUGUUGAAAAACAAAUGAUCGUCCCACUCAGCCCAUCCCACCAAUUUCCAUAAACCACCAUCUUGAUUUCCAUGUGCCAUAUAUUUUUUAACUGUGAUGUUUUACAUCAAUUUGGAUCCAUUCUAAUCGCAUAGUAAUUACAGAUUGUUAAAGAUCAAUAUUUUUAGUAAUGACUAUUAUACUGUUGAUUGAUUGACUAUGGCUUUCCACAUCUCCUAACAAUGCUAUUUGUAAGGUUAGUUUAAUUAUACACUUUUGCCCUUUAGGGGAGAAAGGGGAAUCACGGUUCAGCAGGACCUUAUGGAAUCCCUGGACCAUGGGUCAGUCAUUCCCACAAUUAUUUUAAUGUUUAUAAUGUGUGCGUGUACAGUGCAUUUGGAAAGUAUUCAGACCGCUUGACUUAUUCCACAUUUUUGUUACUUUACAGCCUUAUUCUAAAAUGGAUUAAAUUGUUUUUCCCCCAUCUACAAUUGUUUGCUAAUUUAUAAAAAAUAAAAAAUGGAAAGAUAACGUUUACAUAGGUAUUCAGACCCUUUAUUAAGUACUUUGUUGAAGCACCUUUGGCAGCGAUUACAGCCUUCUUGGGUAUGACGCUACAAGCUUAGCACACCUGUAUUUGGGGAGUUUCUCCCAUUCUUCUCUGCAGAUCCUCUCAAGCUCUGUCAGGUUAGAUGGGGAGCGUUGCUGCAUAGCUAUUUUCAGGUCUCUCCAGCGAUGUUCAAUCGGGUUCAAGUCCAGGCUCUGGCUGGGCCACUCAAGGACACUGAGACUUGUCCCGAAGCCACUCAUGCAUUGUCUUGGCUGUGUGCUUAGGGUCGUUGUCCUGUUGGAAGGUGAACCUUCGCCCCAGUCUGAGGUCCUGAGCGCUCUGGAGCAGGUUUUCAUCAAGGAUCUCUCAGUACUUUGCUCCGUUCAUCUUUCCUUCGAUCCUGACUAGUCUCCAAGUCACUGUCGUUGAGAAACAUCCCCACAGCAUGAUGCUGCCACCACCAUGCUUCACCGUAGGGAUGGUGCCAGGUUUCCUCCAGACGUGACGCUUGGCAUUCAGGCCUCAUGUCUUGGUAUUUGCUCUGUAAUGCACUGUCAACUGUGGGACUUUCAUAUAGACAGGUGUGUGCCUUUCCAAAUUAGGUCCAAUCAAUUGAAUUACCACAGGUGGACUCCAAUCAAGUUGUAGAAACAUCUCAAGGAUGAUCAAUGGAAACAGGAUGCACCUGAGCUCAAUUUCGAGUCUCAUAGCAAAGGGUCUGAAUGCUUAUGUAAAUAAGGUAUUUCCGUUUUUGUAUUUUUUAUAAAUUUGCCAACAUUUCUAAAAACUGGUUUUCGCUUUGUCAUUAUGGGGUAUUGUGUGUAGAUUGAGGAAAAUGUGUAUUUAAUCCAUUUUAGAAUAAGGCUGUAAUGUAACCAAAUGUGGAAAAAGGGAAGGGGUCUGAAUACUUUCCGAAUGCACUGUACGUGUGCAUGUCUGCCAAUAAUUGUUUUUGUGUGUCUACAGGGACAGAAAGGUAGUCAGGGUCAAGAUGGUGACCCCGGGGAGGUGAGUCAAUGUGCCUGAUAAUGUCAGUAUCAAUAUCGGUAGAGAAGGAUCUCAGAGAGUGCUGAUCUAGGAUCAGUUUAGCCUUUUAGAUCAUAAUGAUAAGAUUAGAAGGACUAAGAUUACAUGAACUAUUCUGACGCUUUAUGAACACAUGCCCUGGUCUCUCUGGUCUCCCCAUAGGUGACCAUUAUUGGCGGGGCCGUGAUUGGCCCCGGGGGUGCCAAAGGACAACGAGGGUUGGCUGGCCAUCCGGGACCCACUGGAGUUACUGGUCCCCCAGGUACUCUACGCUCAUACACGCAUACACACCCAUUGAUAUUCACCCUCCUAUCCAAUCAGACGUGGAGUAGCACUGUAUAAUCCCACCUCAUUCACCAACAUGACCAAUAAGCAUGUCUGUAUAGCUUUUAUUUUUAUUUAUUUCACCUUUAUUUAACCAGGUAAACCAGUCGAGAACAAGUUCUCAUUUACAACUGCGACCUGGCCAAGAUAAAGCAAAGCAGUGCGAUAAAAACAACAACACAGAGUUACAUAUGGGGUAAAACAAAACAAAGUCAAAAAUACAACAGAGAUACAUGUAUAUACAGUGUGUGCAAAUGUAGCAAGUUAUGGAGGUAAGGCAAUAAAUAGGCUAUAGUGCAAAAUAAUUACAAUUAGUAUUAACACUGGAAUGAUAGAUGUGCAAGAGAUGAUGUGCAAAUAGAGAUACUGGGGUACAAAUGAGCAAAAUAAAUAACAAUAUAGGGAUGAGGUAGUUGGGCGGGCUAAUUUCAGAUGGGCUGUGUACAGGUGCAGUGAUCGGUAAGGUGCUCUGACAACUGAUGCUUAAAGUUAGUGGGGGAGAUAAGUGUCUCCAGCUUCAGAGAUUUUUGCAAUUUGUUCCAGUCAUUGGCAGCAGAGAACUGGAAGGAAUGGCGGCCAAAGGAGGUGUUGGCUUUGGGGAUGACCAGUGAGAUAUACCUGCUGGAGCGCAGACUACGGGUGGGUGUUGCUAUGGUGACCAAUGAGCUAAGCUAAGGCAGGGAUUUGCCUAGCAGUGAUUUAUAGAUGGCCUGGAGCCAGUGGGUUUGGCGACGAAUAUGUAGUGAGGACCAGCCAACAAGAGCGUACAGGUCACAGUGGUGGGUAGUAUAUGGGGCUUUGGAGACAAAACGGAUGGCACUGUGAUAGACUACAUCCAAUUUGCUGAGUAGAGUGUUGGAGGCUAUUUUGUAAAUGACAUCGCCGAAGUCAAGGAUCGGUAGGAUAGUCAGUUUUACGAGGGCAUGUUUGGCAGCAUGAGUGAAGGAGGCUUUGUUGCGAAAUAGGAAAACGAUUCUAGAUUUAACUUUGGAUUGGAGAUUCUUAAUGUGAGUCUGGAAGGAGAGUUUACAGUCUAACCAGACACCUAGAUAUUUGUAGUUGUCCACAUACUCUAGGUCAGACCCGUCGAGAGUAGUGAUUCUAGUCGGGUGGGCGGGUGCAAGCAGCAUUCGGUUGAAGAGCAUGCAUUUAGUUUUACUAGUGUUUAAGAGCAGUUGGAGGCUACUGAAGGAGUGUUGUAUGGCAUUGAAGCUCAUUUGGAGGUUUGUUAACACAGUGUCCAAUGAAGGGCCAGAUGUAUACAAAAUGGUGUCGUCUGCGUAGAGGUGGAUCUGAGAGUCACCAGCAGCAAGAGCGACGUCAUUGAUAUACGCAGAGAAAAGAGUCGGCCCAAGAAUUGAACCCUGUGGCACCCCCAUAGAGACUGCCAUAGGUCCAGACAACAGGCCCUCCGAUUUGACACAUUGAACUCUAUCUGAGAAGUAGUUGGUGAACCAGGCGAGGCAGUCAUUUGAGAAACCAAGGCUAUUUAGUCUGCCAAUAAGAAUGCGGUGGUUGACAGAGUCGAAAGCCUUGGCCAGGUCAAUGAAAACGGCUGCACAGUACUGUCUAUUAUCGAUCGCGGUUAUAAUAUCGUUUUGGACCUUGAGCGUGGCUGAAGUGCACCCAUGACCAGUUCGGAAACCGGAUUGCAUAGCGGAGAAGGUACGGUGGGAUUCGAAAUGGUCAGUGAUCUGUUUGUUGACUUGGCUUUCAAAAACUUUUGAAAGGCAGGGCAGGAUGGAUAUGGGUCUGUAACAGUUUGGAUCUAGAGUGUCCCCCCUUUGAAGAGGGGGAUGACCGCGGCAGCUUUCCAAUCUCUGGGGAUCUCAGACGUUACGAAAGAGAGGUUGAACAGGCUAGUAAUAGGGGUUGCGACAAUUUUGGCGGCUAGUUUUAGAAAGAAAGGGUCCAGAUUGUCUAGCCCAGAUGAUUUGUAGGGGUCCAGAUUUUGCAGCUCUUUCAGAACAUCAGCUGUCUGGAUUUGUGCGAAGGAGAAGCGGGGGGGGCAUGGGCAAGUUGCAGAGCUUGUGGCCGGGGUAGUGGUAGCCAGGUGGAAAGCAUGGCCAGCCGUAGCAAAAUGCUUGUUGAAAUUCUCGAUUAUUGUAGAUUUAUCGGUGGUGAUAGUGUUUCCUAGCCUCAGUGCAGUGGGCAGCUGGGAGGAAGUGCUCUUAUUUUCCAUGGACUUUACAGUGUCCCAAAACUUUUUGGAGUUAGUGCUACAGGAUGCAAAUUUCUGUUUGAAAAAGUUAGCCUUUGCUUUCCUAACUGCUUGUGUAUAUUGGUUCCUAACUUCCCUGAAAAGUUGCAUAUCGCGGGGGCUAUUUGAUGCUAAUGCAGUACGCCACAGGAUGUUUUUGUGCUGGUCAAGGGCAGUCAAGUCUGAGGAGAACCAGGGGCUAUAUCUGUUCUUAGUUCUGUAUUUUUUGAAAGGGGCAUGUUUAUUUAAGAUUGAGAGGAAAUUACUUUUAAAGAACAACCAGGCAUCCUCUACUGACGGAAUGAGAUCUAUAUCCAUCCAGGAUACCUGGGCCAGGUCAAUUAGGAAGGCCUGCUCGCUGAAGUGUUUUUGGGAGCGUUUGACAGUGAUGAGGGAUGGUCGUUUGACCGCGGACCCGUUACGGACGCAGGCAAUAAGGCAGUGAUCGCUGAGAUCCUGAUUGAAGACAGCGGAGGUGUAUUUAGAGGGUAAGUUAGUCAGGAUGAUAUCUAUGAGGGUACCCAUGUUUACGGAUUUAGGGUUGUACCUGGUAGGUUCGUUGAUAAUUUGUGUGAGAUUGAGGGCAUCUAGUUUAGAUUGUAGGAUGGCCGGGGUGUUAAGCAUAUCCCAAUUUAGGUCACCAAGCAGUACGAACUCUGAGGAUAGAUGGGGGGCAAUCAAUUCACAUAUUGAGUCCAGGGCACAGCUGGGGGCUGAGGGGGGUCUGUAGCAAGCGGCAACAGUGAGAGAUUUAUUUCUGGAAAGGUGGAUUUUUAGAAGUAGAAGCUCAAACUGUUUGGGCACAGACCUGGAUAGUAUGAUAGAGCUCUGCAGGCUAUCUCUACAGUAGAUUGCAACUCCACCCCCUUUGGCAGUUCUAUCUAGACGGAAAAUGUUAUAGUUGGGGGUGGAAAUUUCAGAAUUUUUGGUGCCCUUCCUAAGCCAGGAUUCAGACACUGCUAGAACAUCAGGGUUGGCGGAGUGUGCUAAUGCAGUGAAUAACUCAAACUUAGGAAGGAGGCUUCUGAUAUUUACGUGCAGAAAACCAAGACUUUUACGGUUACAGAAGUCAACAAAUGAUAGCUCCUGGGGAGUAGGAGUGAUACUGGGGGCUGCAGGGCCUGGGUUAGCCUCUACAUCACCAGAGGAACAGAGGAGGACUAGAAUAAGGAUACGACUAAAGGCUUUAAGAACUGGUCUUCUAGUGCGUUGGGUACAUAGAAUAAAGGGGGCAGUUCUCCGGGCGUUGUAGAAAAGAUUCAGGGCAUUAUGUACAGAAAAGGAUAUGGAAGGAUAUGAGUACAGUUCAGGUAACCCUAAGCGCUGGGUAACAAUGAAAGAGAUAGCGUCACUGGAGGCACCGAUUGAGCCGAUCUCGGCGUGUAUGGGGGGUGGAACAAAGGAACUAUUUGAGGCAGUUUGAGAGGGACUAGGGGUUCUACAGUGAAAUUGUAUAAUAAGAACUAACCCAAACAGCAAUAGGCAAGGCAUAAUUGACAUGGGAGAGAGGCAUAAAGCAGUCACAGGUGUUAUUAGAGAGAGCUAAGACAACAACUGGAAAUAGCGAUAACGUUUGGGCUAAGGCUAAACAGAAUAAACAGGACAGGGUACCGUGUAAAGGAACAGUCCAGCAGGCAUCAGCUGUGCAGCUGAGUGAUCAUAAGGUCCAGUGAACAGCAAUAUGUGAGUUCGAGAGCAGUUCAAAAUGGUGCUUCAGCACAGCUAGCAGGGAGCACAGUUGUAGUUUGCGUGUGCUAGCGGGCCGGGGCUGGCAGAUGGAUCUUCGUGGUCGUCGCAACGGGAAGCCUGUUGAAACCACAUCAGACUAUUUCGUCGGCAAACCAGUCGUGUUGGAUCGGCGGGGCUCAGUGUCAACACUAGGAGGUCCCGUCCGGUUGACAGAGAGGUAGAUAGCCGGGAGAUGGGCCUGAGGCUAGCUCAAGGCUAACUGGUGCUUGCUAUAGGGCAAUGGUAAUUAGCCAACAACAGGUUGCAGCUAGCUAGCUGGUUGCGAUGAUCCGGCGCUAGGGUCCAGUGAUUCCGGCAGAAAGUCCAAUAAGCUCUGGGUCGAUAGCACGCUGUGCAGACUGGCCGACGAAUUGUCCAGGCUAGAGCUAGAGCUGGCUGGUGGAUAGUGUAGGCCACGGACAGUGGUGAAGACGCUAACGGUGACUAAUAGCAAGUAGCCAUUCAGUUGCAGCUACACUAGCUACACUAGUUUCAGCUUAAGGUUCUUGAUGAAAGUUAUAAAGAAAUAAUAGAAUCCUUUCCACGUUGGGUGAGGCGGGUUGCAGGAAAGUAUAUUUAGUUAAAGAAUGAAAAGUAAAAAUUUAGAAAUAUAUACAAAUAGACAAAAAAACAAGAAACGGGAUAUUUACACAAGGACAAUGAAUAAAAGCGACCGCACUGCUACGCCAUCUUGGAAAUGAAGCUAAACAUAUCAACCUGUUUUCCAGGUAUCACCGGUUUCCAGGGGCCUCCUGGACCUCCAGGUAAGUGCUGAUACACACACACACACACAUUCACUCGCUCAUUCUCCAUCGCAAUCAAGUGUGUACAUGGGUUCUAUCUCCCCCUACACAGCUCCUAACUUUGGAGGAGAUUGCGGAGCGAAGGGCCACAGUGGACCUAAAGGUGAUAAAGGAGACCAAGGACCCAUCAUCCACGGCGAGCCAGGCAGAGAGGGCUUUCCAGGAACAACUGGGGAAAGGGGAGACCCUGGACCCCCAGGACCAUCUGGAGACUCAGGUAGACUUACUCUCCAGAAAUAAAGUAAUGUUCACAGCUCUGAUGUUCUAGCCUUGUUAAAUCAACCUGAUCUCACGAGCUCACAUUCUGUUUCACACGAGAAGUGAAACAAAUCACUAAAUUACUCCCACAGUCAUUUAUUGAGACACUUCAUUUUUGGGGGGUAUUUCAUUUUUUUUACCCCUUUUUCUCCCCAAUUUCGUGGUAUCCAAUUGGUAGUUACAGUCUUGUCCCAUCGCUGCAACUCCAGUACGGACUCGGGAGAGGCGAAGGUCGAGAGCCAUUUGUCCUCUGAAACACGACCCUGCCAAACUGCACCGCUUCUUGACACACUGCUCGCUUAACCCGGAAGCCAGCCGCACCAAUGGGUCGGAGGAAACACCGUACAGCUGGCGACCGAUGUCUGUGUGCAUGCGCCCAGCCCGCCACAAGGAGUCGCUAGAACGCGAUGGGUCCCUAACCCGGACGACGCUGGGCCAAUUGUGCGCCGCCUCAUGGGUCUCCCAUUCGCGGCCGGCUGCUUGAGACACAUUUUUGAUCCCGCUGGGAUCUUAUUUGAUUAAAAAUUAUGUACUUAUUUUUUUGUUGUUGCAGAAAAUUUUAAGGGCCUUAUAGGACCCCCGGGGGAUAAGGGAGCCAAGGGCCUGACAGGCGAACAAGGGUACAGUGGCCAAUAUGGUUUGAAAGGUGAGCUCCCUCUGAUUCCUAUUGGAUGGACAUUCUGGGUCGUCACUGCUUGUUAAUGAGCCUGUCCACAAACCCUUCUGUCUCAUUGGUGGAAUUCCACCGACAUUGGCAUUGUGGCGUGUUAAUGGGUGGAAAAUAUAAUGGUGGAAUAUCGAAAGGUCUUUGGUUGCUAUUAUGUUGUCAUUUUGGUAUCAAGUGUGUGUGUCUCACCACUACAGGUCAGAAAGGAGAGGUCUGUAGGUUGUGUACGGGAAACGGGUCUGUAGAGCUGGGACCCCCCGGUCAGCCUGGACUCCCAGGUAACAACACCUGCAGCAUAAAAAAUACUUUCACAUAGAAAUGUAUGUGUAGAACAAAACGGAUUGUCUGUCACAUAGAACAGGGGAUGGUGUCAGCUCUUCAUUAUUUUUCUACCUGUAACAAUCUGAGUCUAUUUAAAUACACCCUCGUCACACAGGCGUUAAUGCAGGACCAGGGCCCAAAGGAGAGCCAGGAUUCAAAGGCCCCUCAGGACCACCUGGACGACCGGUAAGACUACCUGCAUCAUUCCUCCACUAUACAGAUACUAAAUGCAAUUUUAUUUUACCUUGCAAUGUCACUGUGACACUGCCUGUGGUUUUGCAGUUAUACACUUCCUAUGUUGUGUUGCUUAAAUCAGUGGUUCCCAAACUUUUUUGAACCGUUAAAUUUCACUAUUAAUCUCUUCUGAUCCAUACUGCAAAUCAUCUAUUUUUCUGUGACAAACAUUGUUUAUAGAUGAAAUGGGAUUUAUUUGAAAUAUAGUUUGCAUAGUUCCUUACUCAAGAUGAUUCAUUUGUGUGUACCCCUUUUAAGAGCGUCCAGCAAUCCUCGCCAGAAAGAAAGAAGCUCCAGUAAAAUAGGUCUUUCGUUUUCAACGGUUUGAGCUAUAGACCAGACGUUGUCUGCAUUGUAAAGGUGCAACCAUGGAAACAAAGCCAAAUACUCUGUUUCUAUGGCAGAUCUGGGCUGUGGUACAACUAAGCAUAAUCAGACUUGCCUGUGCUAAUGGUUCUCACAAGCGUAAAAAUUAUACAAAGGACUUUGCUCGUGAUGCGCGCCCCUCAAAUGAUACAAAUGUAACAGCCUGAGCGAAUUGGACUUGAAACAACGAUACAGAUGUAACCAUGUGCCAUUCAAUAUAUUAUCUGAGGGGCACUGGUGCUCCCAAUUCAAAAUUCCAUGUGCAUUCCUCAGGUCACGUUUCUAAGUGUUCCAAAAUAUUAUCAAGAUUAGGAAACGUUUUGCAGCACACCUGAGUUCCUCAAGGCACACCAGUGUGCCGCAGCACACCAGUUGAAAACCACUGGUUCAGAUCCUGUAUCCAUGUUGUUGCUAGGAUACCAUAUCAUUGGUGCUGCUUGGGUACCGUAUCCAUGGUGUUACUGGUAUACCGUGUCCAUGGUGUUGGUAGUAUACCAUAUCCAUGGUGUUGCUAGGAUACCAUAUCUAUGGUAUUGCUGCGAUAACUUAUCGAAGGUUGCUAGGUUACUGUAUCUAUGACAACUCCUCCUGUCUGUCUUACAGGGUCCCCACGGCCCCUCCGGUGUUCCAGGGCCCCCGGGGCUGAAGGGAAAUCCAGGUUCCCACAACCACCAGGGGAUAAAGGGAGAGAAAGGAGCCCCAGGACCAGCUGGCAGAUCGGGGCCGGACGGCUAUCACGGGGCCCCUGGCUUCCCUGGACGCAAGGGCCAACGAGGCCCCAAGGGUGAUCCGGUGAGGAUUUUCAAUAGUUACGAUGUCUGUCACUUAAAUUUAUCUUUCUUCUGAAAUGCAGAGCAAUGAUUUGAAUGCAUUUUUUAGGUUAUCUUUAAACUGAAGUAAAUUUGUAAUUUGGGUGAACUGUCCCUUUAAAGGGGGGGCUGAGCUUACUGAUUUGGCCUUUUUUUUUAGCAUGCUCAUUAAGUAAUGCUAGCGGUCAUGACUGAAGCCAAACGUAAGUUGUCUUGGGGGUGUGGUUUGAUGUGGGACAUAAGGGCCAAUAGAGAGUAGUGACAGUGAGGUAAGCGAAGCUAGCUUUGUUAUGGAGAAAAGUUUUGAAGUUGAAGACUUCUCCCCUCCUCAAUCUCCAUCUCUAGAUGGUCAGCGAAUUCAGCCUGCGCUGACCUUGUGUUUAGCCAAGCUGACAGCAGCUAACUAGCAUAGCUUGGGGAUAGCUGCAGCUGACUAGCCUAUCCAGCUGAUAUUUCUCUGUGAAAAGUUAUGCCAAGAUAGCAAGAGCCAGUGACUGGAAUGUGUUUCAUGAGACACUCAUUCUACAUCACCUUGCUACGAAAGUAGCUUGAAACUUAGUUUCAAAGAUUAAUCACGUCAUGUAAAUACAGUGCCUUGCAAAAGUAUUCAGAACCCUUGGAUUUCUUCACAUUUUAUUGUGUUACAAAGUGGGAUUAAAAUUGAUUUAAUUGUAAUUUUCUUGUCAACAAUCUACACAAAAUACUCUGUCAAAGACAAAUAAAAAAUGUGGAACUAAAAUAUAGUCGUUGCAUAAGUAUUCAAGCCUAAAUUAGUUAAGGAGUAAAAUUUGGCUCAACAAUUCACAUAAGUUACAAGGGUUUACAUGAUUUUUGAAUGACUAACCCCAUACAUACAACAUCUGUAAGGUCCCACAGUCAAGUAUUGAAUUUCAAGCACAGAUUCAACUACAAAGACCAGGGGUGUAGAGAAUCAUUGUACCAUCUAAACCACUGUGAAAUAUAUGUUGCGCAUCUAACAGUAGCCUAUAUUGUAGAUUAAUAAUAUUACAUUGUAUUGCACCAUCUAAACUUGUUCCACAGACCCCUUGGGUUCACAUCAUAUACUGUAGCAGUGUUCUGCUGAUGUAACAAUGUACAGAUAUUACACUGUCUUUCAUCUUUUAUCAUUCACAGCUGAUAGAUACUGGACCUAUUAGCAUUAUGUCCAUCUCUUCUCUUCCUGUAUGGUGUCCCUUUAUAAGUUCCCUGACAUGUUUGAAGAAUACAUUCAAUUCAAUAAUAAUAACACAAUAAGUUGAAAGGUCAUAGAUGUAUCUUGUAUCAUUUUAAUGCUAAGUACAAGGUCUUUCCCAAUUCAGACAACCUGUAUCAACCUGUCAAAACCAUGUCUCCUGUCCUCCAUCUGUAGAAAAACAAGGUAGAGUUGAGUGACAUGUAUUACUAAACACUUGUGAUGUACCGUCUUAUUAGAAAUCACCUCCUGUUCCUUCAGAGGUGUUUGCCAGCGCCUGAUGGGCAUGGCAGCGUAGAUCAGCUCCAGGCCACAGGACUGGUCAUGAAGGAGCCUGACUUAUAGAUCCGACCCAGCUCCUAUCACAGAGAAAGAGAGGGAGGGAGAGAGACUGUCACCCUACAGUCAUGGAAGCCAACAGUAAAUACACAGUUGAACAUGUUGAGCUAUGACCAGAUCAAAUGUGACCAACCUGAAGUGGGACUGGUGCCUGGCCACGUACAGCCUCAGCCUUCUGCUCCUGAUAUGGUAGGGGGGGUCCCAACGACACUGCUGAACAGCAAAUCCACCAGAUUUUGUACGUAGCCUGUGAAUGAAAUAAAAUAUCACUCAAUAAACAUAUAACAAGAUAAAUAACUUUCUCUAGUUUGGAAGUAAUUAUAGAGGGACUAGAUUCAGGUUUAUACAGAAUAGAUUCAGGCCGGUGACGCUGACACCGUUACUAUGCAACUGCCAGCUGUGUACAUUGCUGAAUGCUUGCUUACAAGUUUUGCUCUUUGCUGCCAGAGCCAUAUAUUUAUUUUAAGUUGGAUUGAUGUAUUUAGCUAGCUAGAGUAUCAUUCCCCUUUCAUCUGUGGUAUCAAAGCUAGCCUCGUUCACUAGUAUUAUCAAAUAAUGUUGUAUAACCAAAAGUAACUGGUAGCUAGCUAUCUACCUAGCUACUCACCAAUGGCAGUCACAGGUUUGACGGUUGACAGCCAGUAGAAGUGGUAGUGUUGGAUGUAAUCCAUUCCUGGUCAUCUGGCAAUAUUGUUGAAAUGCAUUGGAAGUUUGCACCAACUUUAUGGAAGCCCAUUUUCACUCCUGUUUGAUGAACGAAAUGUGCGUUGCACCCAUAUACAGACUUUACAACAUGUCUGCAUGGCAGCUGGGGGCGGACCACAGCAUGUUGUCUCUGGGCAAUUUAGCAGGCGACCCAACUGUGGUUUGUUACUACUAUCAUUUCCCAUUGUAGCCAAUUCAAUUGCAAGUAAUUCCGUUUCUAAUUUUUUGUUAAUUCUGUUAUCGAUUUGGUAACAAUUACGAGUUUUAAUCACUUAAUAAUUCCUAAACAAAAAUGUAAAUCAGUAAAAACGCUUUAACUAAUUGGUAGGUCUACCUUUACUUGUUACUUCUGUGAACUUUCAUUAUCCUCCCUCAUGAGGGAGAGAAAUUAGAAAAUAUCUUAAAGAUAUGUGGGUUUUUGGUAACGGAAUUAAAAGGCACAAGGAAAUAAUUCCUCCAAAACUAAAUAAAGUGUUAAUAUUAGUUGGCAGGGGUCUUUGCUUCAACAUUAUUGUGUCUUGAUGUAUUUCUAAUACCGUUUAAGACUUUCUGGUAGAUGUUUUCUUACACCCCUUUUCCAUCUGUUUGACCAGAAAUCAAAGCCUUUGAUCAUGUCAAAUUCUUUAGAUGGAAAAUGGUUGAAAAAUGUAUCUAUGCCUUCAUUUCCCCAAAAAUAUAGACUCUUAGCUUUCAUUUGACACCCAAUUUGACAUGCUCCUAUGAACUUUACAUGUUGGUGCUCAUGGGUCCUUUUACAUGGAAAUGACCUUUUAUGAAUGCUGAACAUUUGUAACUGUGAAGCAGUAAUGAUAUGUGAACAAAUAUUUUGUGAAGACCUAAUGUUUGAUGAUGGACUGAGGUUAUAGUCUGUCCCCUCUGCCAGUACUAUGGGCCGCCGGCUCUGAGGGGAGAUGUUGGCGAACCAGGCCCUCCCGGACCACAGGGAUACCAAGGACCAGAUGGGUCACCAGGUCCAGUAGGCAUAGGACUGCUUGGCCACCCAGGACCCAAAGGCAAUAGUGGGGUACCAGGUAUCCCUGGCAGAGCUGGCAUCCCAGGUAAAGCAACACACACACUUGCCUGCACAUGCAUGUACACACCAGGGCCCCCCUCAUUGAAGCCAUGAAGUUCAAGGCCGACCGGGGUACUGCAGGCUGUUGUUUUUAGAAAGCAGAAUCCCCCAUUAUAGUCAAUGUGAAAAUUGCAAUCAUCUUGGGCAAUAUUAGUGUAAAUAAACAACAACUUUGAAGACAAUCAUGGAACCAAUAAUUACUACUAUUACACCAGAUGUAUUGCCUUGAACCAAUUUUAUAAAAAAAUUGCACUCAGAAGAAGUUAUAAGGAUAAUUUAGUGGCUAAUAGCAAAAGCCUGCAGUAGCCCGGUUGGCCAACUUGAGAUAUUCAAUGAGGGGGCAGCACUGAGCUAGCCUGCAACGUCGCUUCCUGGAAUUGCUCAUACGCAUGUUAUGUCUUAAAUCUCCCCCAUGAGAUGCCAUCUUAGUCGCAAAAAUCGACUUACUUGGCUUCAAAUGCGCUAUUGAGUCUUCACAUAGAAAUAAAUGAUGUCACGUGAUCGAUGGCUUUGACCAUUCAUAUACAGUCAUUAGCGCGCACACACACACACACUUGUACUACAUUUGAGACCCUGCCUCCUUUGCGUAUACUAUACUCUUGUUUGUGUGUAUGAUUACAAUAAAAUAAAUAAAUUACUGUCUUCCUGAUAAUUGCCCCUAUUUAUGCUGAUGGUCUGACCCCAGUGUUCUCCCCCCUCUAUCCCCACCAGGUCAGAAGGGUGAGCCCAGCAAAAGAGAGGCUGACCAGGGAGUCCCAGGCCCACCAGGACAGAUGGGGCUGCCUGGGUUACAGGGCCCCCCAGGUGAGCAACCCAAAUGGGGACCGAACCACAGCAUGAGAGGGGUGGCUGGAGGUCUAUACUACACUGCGCUUGGUGGCAUUUCGGUUCUAGCUUGGAUCCAAACCGAUAUGCUUCGUAACAAUGGUUAAACGAAGCAAAUCAUCUUUGGUUCCAGGCUAGAACUGAAAUGCCACCAAACUCAGUGUAGUGUGGAGCCACUCCGACCCGAAUGUAAGCUUUGCUUUACUGCCAUUAGAACCUGACAAAGACCAUUAUGGUCAAAACAUGAUAGAAAAUAAUCAUAGAGUUGUUUGUCCACACAGGUCCUCGUGGUGAUGCUGGUUUAACAGGAGUAGAUGGUAACCGAGGGGAGAAAGGAGUCAGUGGUGGAUUCUCCACCCUGGAAGGACAAGGACCCACUGGACAGAAAGGUGAGUCAUGCCUACAUCUCUUUUAAAUAUACAUUUUAUAUUGAAUUAUAUUCAAGCUUUUCCCCCAUAUUUUAGAUCCAGUUACUUGUGAAUGUAGGUGUAUGCAUUUGUUAGUAGGACUAGUGUUGCGGUCUGUUUCCUAGGUGACAAAGGGCACCCGGGACCCCCAGGUACCUCUGGAAGCGGCUACCCUGGACGACCCGGCGCACCGGGAAUCCCUGGGGCUCCAGGGUCAAAGGUCAGUACUGAACACCGACCCUGUCAUGUUUCUGUCGAUCUGUGUCUGUCUAUAUGUUUGUCGUUACCCAUCCUUUCAUCCAUCUAGCCUUCAAAAUUCCCUCAGUCGUUCCAUCCAUCCCGCUAACCAUUAUGCAUCCUUCCAUCUACUUUCAGGGUGAUGGUGGGUUUGGGGCCCCAGGUCCAGUGGGCCCUAAAGGUUUCCCAGGUGGUGUUGGGGCCCAGGGUCCUCCAGGAGACCCAGGGCUACCGGGACAACCAGGGAAUCCAGGACCACUAGGCCUCAAUGGCUCGCCAGGCCCGAAAGGUACUUACUUUACACACAGAUGGACACAGAGAUUAGACAGACUCAGACACGGGAUGGGCAUGGGACACACAGAUACGGACAUGGGACACACCCACAUUUUGUUGCUAACUCCAUUUCUAUCACACUUAAGCUCUCCACACUCAACAGCAUACACACAUGCAUUUACACACUGGUGCACAUACUCCCAAAGCAGUUAUGGCCUUGUCUGUUUGUAGGAAGUAAAGGUGGGGUAGGUUCCCAAGGACCACCUGGUUACGCAGGUACUAACAGUACAGGGGCUACAACCGGACCACCUGGUCCACCAGGACCAGCAGGCAGACGCGGACCUCCAGGUGAGCCCGUGGAGCCUGCUAAUGUCCCCACACAGUGUCAGAAAAUACAUCUUUCUUCUAGGCAUCUCACUCGGUUUCUUUCUUUCUUGAUUCAUUCUUAUGUGGUUUCUUCCCUUUCUGUCUUCUUCUCUCUUCUUUCUCUUUCCCCAAUAGGCACACCGUGUCAUUUCAACGUGGAUAAUUGGGUAAUAUUUGGUUGAGACAUUGAUCAAUGAGAAUAAAAUCUAUAUUCACCCACUCAAAAAGACAGCCAAAAGUUAGUUGAAUUUCCAAUGUGUUAUCACUAUGCUUUCAACCAUCUAAAAGCACAACCAAAUUCCAAUGGGAAAUCAAUGUCUGAUGUUUUGGUUAAAUCAUCACCCAAAUGUCUAUCACUGUGCUUUCAACCAUUUAAAAGCACGGCAAAGUUCAAAUGGGAAUACAAUGUCAGAUAUUUAGUUUAUUUAUACAACAUAUUAAUGUGUUAUCACUGUGCUUCAUCUAAUAGCAGAACCAAAUGACCUGGAUUACAGUUGAGAUUACAUUAAAAGUACAUGGUGCAAGUGAUCAGAUUAUUACAGCAAGUGUGACGAUCUCCACAGACCUGCGGCGACCUGUGCAUGCUAUUCUGAACAGGCACGCUUUAUAUGAUUACAUCAGAAGAAAUGUAUAGUUAGUGACCUUAAAAUGUGGCAGUGGAUGUGUUACUCAUUUUAAGGUUUAAUGUUACAUUAGUUUGUUUGUAACAUAGCCUUAACUUUAGGCUAUUCACUGUAUUACAAAAGUAAUCAAUCAAUCAAUCAAUUUUAUUUUAUAUAGCCCUUCUUACAUCAGCUAAUAUCUCGAAGUGCUGUACAGAAACCCAGCCUAAAACCCCAAACAGCUAGUAAUGCAGGUGUAGAAGCACGGUGGCUAGGAAAAACUCCCUAGAAAGGCGAAAACCUAGGAAGAAACCUAGAGAGGAACCAGGCUAUGAGGGGUGGCCAGUCCUCUUCUGGCUGUGCCGGGUGGAGAUUAUAACAGAACCAUGCCAAGAUGUUCAAAAAUGUUCAUAAGUGACAAGCAUGGUCAAAUAAUAAUCAGGAAUAAAUCUCAGUUGGCUUUUCAUAGCCGAUCAUUAAGAGUUUGAAAACAGCAGGUCUGGGACAGGUAGGGGUUCCAUAACCGCAGGCAGAACAGUUUAAACUGGAAUAGCAGCAAGGCCAGGCGGACUGGGGACAGCAAGGAGUCACCACGGCCGGUAGUCCCGACGUAUGGUCCUAGGGCUCAGGUCUCUCAGUUGGCUUUUCAUAGCCGAUCAUUAAGAGUUGAAAACAGCAGGUCUGGGACAGGUAGGGGUUUCGUAGCCGCAGGCAGAACAGUUGAAACUGGAAUAGCAGCAAGGCCAGGCGGACUGGGGACAGCAAGGUGUCAUCAUGCCCGGUAGUCCUGACGUAUGGUCCUAGGGCUCAGGUUCUCAGAGAGAAAGAGAGAACGAGAGAAUUAGAGAGAGCAUACUUAAAUUCACACAGGACACUGGAUAAGACAGGAGAAGUACUCCAGGUAUAACCAACUAACCCCAGCCCCCCGACACAUAAACUACUGCAGCAUAAAUACUGGAGGCUGAGACAGGAGCGGUCCGGAGACACUGUGGCCCCAUCCGAAGAAACCCCCGGACAGGGCCAAACAGGAAGGAUAUAACCCCACCCACUCCGCCAAAGCACAGCCCCCGCACCACUAGAGGGAUAUCCCCAACCACCAACUUACAAUCCUGAGACAAGGCCGAGUAUAGCCCACAGAGGUCUCCACCACAGCACAAACCAAGGGGGGGGGCGCCAACCCAGACAGGAAGAUCACGUCAGUAACUCAACCCACUCAAGUGACGCACCCCUCCCAGGGACGGCAUGAAAGAGCACCAGCAAGCCAGUGACUCAGCCCCUGCAACAGGGUUAGAGGCAGAGAACCCCAGUGGAGAGGGGAACCGGCCUGGCAGAGACAGCAAGGGCUGUUCGUUGCUCCAGCCUUUCCGUUCACCUUCACACUCCUGGGCCAGACUACACUCAAUCAUAUGACCUACUGAAGAGAUAAGUCUUCAGUAAAGACUUAAAGGUUGAGACUGAGUCUGCGUCUCUCACAUGGGUAGGCAGACUGUUCCAUAAAAAUGGAGAUCUAUAGGAGAAAGCCCUGCCUCCCGCUGUUUGCUUAGAAAUUCUAGGGACAAUUAGGAGGCCUGCGUCUUGUGACCGUAGCGUACGUAUUGGUAUGUACGGCAGGACCAACUCGGAAAGAUAGGUAGGAGCAAGCCCAUGUAACGCUUUAUAGGUUAACAGUAAAACCUUGAAAUCAGCCCUUGCCUUAACAGGAAGCCAGUGUAGGGAAGCUAGCACUGGAGUAAUAUGAUCAAAUUUCUUGGUUCUAGUCAGGAUUCUAGCAGCCGUAUUUAGCACUAACUGAAGUUUAUUUAGUGCUUUAUCCGGGUAGCCGGAAAAUAGAGCAUUGCAGUAGUCUAACCUAGAAGUAACAAAUGCAUGGAUUAAUUUUUCUGCAUCAUUUUUGGACAGAAAAUUUCUGAUUUUUGCAAUGUUACGUAGAUGGAAAAAAGCUGUCCUUGAAACAGUCUUGAUAUGUUCGUCAAAAGAGAGAUCAGGGUCAAGAGUAACGCCUAGGUCCUUCACAGUUUUAUUUGAGACGACUUUACAACCAUCAAGAUGAAUUGUCAGAUUUAACAGAAGAUCUCUUUGUUUCUUGGGACCUAGAACAAGCAUCUCUGUUUUGUCCGAGUUUAAAAGUAAAAAGUUUUCAGCCAUCCACUUCCUUAUGUCUGAAACACAGGCUUCUAGCGAGGGCAAUUUUGGGGCUUCACCAUGCUUCAUUGAAAUGUACAGCUGUGUGUCAUCCGCAUAGCAGUGAAAGUUAACAUUAUGUUUUCGAAUAACAUCCCCAAGAGGUAAAAUAUAUAGUGAAAACAAUAGUGGUCCUAAAACGGAACCUUGAGGAACACCGAAAUGUACAGUUGAUUUGUCGGAGGACAGACCAUUCACAGAGACAAACUGAUAUCUUUCCGACAGGUAGGAUCUAAACCAGGCCAGAACUUGUCCGUGUAGACCAAUUUGGGUUUCCAGUCUCUCCAAAAGAAUGUGGUGAUCGAUGGUGUCAAAGGCAGCACUAAGGUCUAGUAGCACGAGGACAGAUGCAGAGCCUCGGUCUGACGCCAUUAAAAGGUCAUUUACCACCUUCACAAGUGCAGUCUCAGUGCUAUGAUGGGGUCUAAAACCAGACUGAAGCAUUUCGUAUACAUUGUUUGUCUUCAGAAAGGCAGUGAGUUGCUGCGCAACAGCUUUUUCUAAAAUUUUUGAGAGGAAUGGAAGAUUCGAUAUAGGCCGAUAGUUUUUUAUAUUUUCCGGGUCAAGGUUUGGCUUUUUCAAGAGAGGCUUUAUCACUGCCACUUUUAGUGAGUUUGGUACACAUCCGGUGGAUAGAGAGCUGUUUAUUAUGUUCAACAUAGGAGGGCCAAGCACAGGAAGCAGCUCCUUCAGCAGUUUAGUAGGAAUAGGAUCCAGUAUGCAGCUUGAAGGUUUAGAGGCCAUGAUUAUUUUCAUCAUCGUGUCAAGAGAUAUAGUACUAAAACACUUAAGUGUCUCUCCCGAUCCCAGGCCCUCGCAGAGCUGUGCAGAUCCAGGACAGCUAAGCCCUGGAGGAAUACGCAGAUUCAAAGAGGAGUCCGUAAUUUGCUUUCUAAUGGUCAUGAUCUUUUCCUCAAAGAAGUUCAUGAAUUUAUCACUGCUGAAGUGAAAGCCAUCCUAUUGUGUUUGGUUGACAACGCAACCAAAUAUCAUUAUUUAAGGGAGAUUUAUCUACUGCUUGGAUAGUUCCACCUGUGCCACGGACUAAUUGGUCCUCUGUAGCUCAAUUGGUAGAGCAUGGCGCUUGUAAUGCCAGGGUAGUGGGUUCGAUCCCUAGAACCACCCAUAAGUAAAAAUGUAUGCGCACAUGACUGUAAGUCGCUUUGGAUAAAAGCGUCUGCUAAGUGGCAUAUUAUUAUUAUUAUUAUUAUUAUUAUUAUUAUUAUUAAUUCCAGUUUGUGUACAAAUUAAUAAUUUAUAUGUUGGAUUCACGUCUCCAUCUCAACCAAAAAUCUAAGUUAAAGGAUAGGAUCAAAUCAAACUUUAAACGCACUUUAAAAAGUUUGAUUUGAUUUAGUCCUAUUCUUUAACUUUGAUUUUUGGUUGAGAGGGAGAUGUGAAUCCAACUUAUUAAUUUGUAGACAAAGUGCAAUUAAAGCCAGACUAAAUCAGUUGUACAGAUGAAACUAUCCAAGUAGAAGAUACAUCUUCAAAUGUUGAUAUCUGGUUGUAUUGACAACCAAACAUAAUUCAACAUCACUAAAUAUCAUUACAUUUUAAAUCAACCAGAGCUUGAAACCCUAGGCCUAUUGUAUUGUCUAUUGUUAGUUUGGUUCUGGAUUGAAUUGAAACAAUAGCUGUUGAUAACUUUACAAACGCUAUAUAGGCCUAAAUAGCAUCAUUGAUGAUAUGAGUGAUAAAGUAUGGUCACAUUUAAUUUGCUCUGUUAAACCUACCCUUUGGUAUUACUUCUGAGUGGCGAGAACUCCUGAGUGGCGCAGUGGUCUAAGGCACUGCAUCGCACUGCAAUAGCAACAGUGAAUCUGUUUAGUUUUUAAGUGGAGAUCGCUCAACAAUCAUUCUCACAAUAGAACAUUGGUAAUAGUCAAUGACAAAUAUCAUAAUUUAGCAGGGCUAGACUGGAUUAAAACCCUGGAUGGGAGACCAAAGGGUGGCUGUAGAUGGAUAAAUUCUCCAGUAGGAGGUGCUGCCCAGCCUAUAGUUUUUUUCUUCUUCUGAUAGCGGAUAUAACGUUGAAGAUCUGACGUUGUUUUAAAGGUACAAAUUCACAUUUUAUUCAAGGUUUUUCUAUGUUUAAAUUUGGUUAACAUGAUGACAUAAUCCUGUGGUUGAAAUUUCACCCUCAAAACAACAGUUUACGUUUAUUACUUUUUUUAAAAAUCCAAUGUCUUUUCCAUGGAGAUUCCACGUCACAAUACGUUCAAACAACGUUGAUUCAACCAGUUUGUGCCCAGUGGGUCCUCUCUUCUCUUUUGCCAAUACUUUCCUGACUGCUUCCUCUCUCUUCCUCUCCAUUCAACUUCCUCUUUUCUCCUCCCUUCUCUUUUCUUUCUCUCUCUUGUUUCUCUUUCUCUCCAUCCACUAAUCGACCACAGUCCCUCCUCUCACCCAGGUUUAUAUGGACAGACGGGUGAGCUUGGGGCCCCUGGCGCGCAAGGUUUUGGACAUUCAGGCCCGGCGGGUGACCCUGGGCCUCCUGGGGUCUCAGGACCCGGAGUGCAGGGGCUGGAUGGACAGAAGGGAGGCAGAGGGAGAGAUGGGUUAACAGGCGCACCAGGUACAUUAACAGAACGGAUACAUUCAACACAUUGGUAACACUUCAAAGCUAACAGAUCAAAUCAAAUUGUAUUUGCCACAUGCGCCGAAUACAACAGGUGUAGACCUUACAGUGAAAUGCUUACUUACAAGCCCUUAACCAACAAUGCAAUUUUAAGAAAAAUAAGUAAAAAAUAGAUAAGUACAAAAUAAUUAAAGAGCAGCAGUAAAAUACAAUAACAGUAGGGAGGCUAUACAGUGGGGGAAAAAAGUAUUUAGUCAGUCACCAAUUGUGCAAGUUCUCCCACUUAAAAAGAUGAGAGAGACCUGUAAUUUUCAUCAUAGGUACAUGUCAACUAUGACAGACAAAUUGAGAAAAAAAAAUCCAGAAAAUCACAUUGUAGGAUUUUUUAUGAAUUUAUUUGCAAAAUAUGGUGGAAAAUAAGUAUUUGGUCACCUACAAACAAGCAAGAUUUCUGGCUCUCACAGACCUGUAACUUCUUCUUUAAGAGGCUCCUCUGUCCUCCACUCGUUACCUGUAUUAAUGGCACCUGUUUGAACUUGUUAUCAGUAUAAAAGACACCUGUCCACAACCUCAAACAGUCACACUCCAAACUCCACUAUGGCCAAGACCAAAGAGCUGUCAAAGGACACCAGAAACAAAAUUGUAGACCUGCACCAGGCUGGGAAGACUGAAUCUGCAAUAGGUAAGCAGCUUGGUUUGAAGAAAUCAACUGUGGGAGCAAUUAUUAGAAAAUGGAAGACAUACAAGACCACUGAUAAUCUCCCUCGAUCUGGGGCUCCACGCAAGAUCUCACCACGUGGGGUCAAAAUGAUCACAAGAACGGUGAGCAAAAAUCCCAGAACCACACAGGGGGACCUAGUGAAUGACCUGCAGAGAGCUGGGACCAAAGUAACAAAGCCUACCAUCAGUAACACACUACGCCGCCAGGGACUCAAAUCCUGCAGUGCCAGACGUGUCCCCCUGCUUAAGCCAGUAUAUGUCCAGGCCUGUCUGAAGUUUGCUAGAGUGCAUUUGGAUGAUCCAAAAGAGGAUUGGGAGAAUGUCAUAUGGUCAGAUGAAACCAAAAUAGAACAUUUUGGUAAAAACUCAACUCGUCGUGUUUGGAGGACAAAGAAUGCUGAGUUGCAUCCAAAGAACACCAUACCUACUGUGAAGCAUGGGGGUGGAAACAUCAUGCUUUGGGGCUGUUUUUCUGCAAAGGGACCAGGACGACUGAUCCGUGUAAAGGAAAGAAUGAAUGGGGCCAUGUAUCGUGAGAUUUUGUGUGAAAACCUCCUUCCAUCAGCAAGGGCAUUGAAGAUGAAACGUGGCUGGGUCUUUCAGCAUGACAAUGAUCCCAAACACACCACCCGGGCAACGAAGGAGUGGCUUCGUAAGAAGCAUUUCAAGGUCCUGGAGUGGCCUAGCCAGUCUCCAGAUCUCAACCCCAUAGAAAAUCUUUGGAGGGAGUUGAAAAUCCGUGUUGCCCAGCGACAGCCCCAAAACAUCACUGCUCUAGAGGAGAUCUGCAUGGAGGAAUGGGCCAAAAUACCAGCAACAGUGUGUGAAAACCUUGUGAAGACUUACAGAAAACGUUUGACCUGUAUCAUUGCCAACAAAGGGUAUAUAACAAAGUAUUGAGAAACUUUUGUUAUUGACCAAAUACUUAUUUUCCACCAUAAUUUGCAAAUAAAUUCAUUAAAAAUCCUACAAUGUGAUUUUCUGGAGAAAUAAAAUCAAAUUUUGUCUGUCAUAGUUGACGUGUACCUAUGAUGAAAUUUACAGGCCUCUCUCAUCUUUUUAAGUGGGAGAACUUGCACAAUUGGUGGCUGACUAAAUACUUUUUUUCCCCACUGUAUACAGGGGGUACCGGUACAAAGUCAAUGUGCUGGGGCACAGGUUAGUCGAGGUAAUAUGUACAUGUGGGUAGAGUUGAAGUGACUAUGCAUAGAUAAUAAACAGAGAGUAGCAGCAGCGUAAAAGAGGGGGUGGGGUGGGGGGUCAAUGCAAAUAGUCCGGGUAGCCAUGAUUAGCUGUUAAGGAGUCUUAUGGCUUGGGGGUAGAAGCUGUUAGGAAGGCUUUUGGACCUAGACUUGGCGCUCCGGUACCGCUUGCCGUGCAGUAGCAGAGAGAACUGUCUAUGACUAGGGUGGCUGGAGUCUUUUGCAAUUUUUAGGGCCUUCCUCUGACACCGCCUGGUACAGAGAUCCUGGAUGGCAGGAAGCUUGGCCCCAGUGAUGUACUGGGCCGUACGCACUACCCUCUGUAGUGCCUUGUGGUCGGAGGCCGAGUAGUUGCCAUUCCAGGCAGUGAUGCAACCAGUCAGGAUGCUCUCGAUGGUGCAGCUGUAUAACUUUGAGGAUCUGAGGACCCAUGCCAAAUCUUUUCAGUCUCCUGAGGGGGAAUGGCCUUUGUCGUGCAUUCUUCACGACUGUCUAGGUGUGUUUGGACCAUGAUAGUUUGUUGGUGAUAUGGACACCAAGGAACUUGAAGCUCUCAACCUGCUCCACUACAGCCCCAUCGAUGAGAAUGGGGGCGUGCUCAGUCCUCUUUUUUUCAUUUUUUUUGUAGUCCACAAUCAUCUCCUUUGUCUUGAUCACGUUGAGGGAGAGGUUGUUAUCCUGGCACCACACGGUCAGGUCUCUGACCUCCCUAUAGGACACUGUUGUGUCGUCAGCAAACUUAAUGAUGGUGUUGGAGUCGUGCCUGGCCAUGCAGUCAUGGGUGAACAGGGAGUACAGGAGGGGACUGAGCACACACCCUUGAGGGGCCACCGUGUUGAGGAUCAGCGUGGCAGAUGUGUUGAUACCUACCCUUACCACCUGGGGGUGGCCCGUCACGAAGUCCAGGAUCCAGUUGCAGAGGGAGGUGUUUAGUCCCAGGGUCCUUAGCUUAGUGAUGAGCUUUGAGGGCACUAUGGUGUUGAACGCUGAGCUGUAGUCAAUAAAUAGCAUUCUCACAUAGAUGUUCCUCUUGUCCAGGUGGGAAAGGGCAGUGUGGAGUGCAAUAGAGAUUGCAUCAUCUGUGGAUCUGUUGGGGUGGUAUGCAAAUUGGAGUGGGUCUAGGGUUUCUAGGAUAAUGGUGUUGAUGUGAGCCAUGACCAGCCAAUGAUUGUACGUUGGCUAGUAGGACUGAUGGUAGAGACAGAUUACUCACUCGCCGUCGGAUCCUUACAAGGCACCCCGACCUACGUCCACGAUAUCUCCGUCUCUUUCUCAUGCGAAUGUGUCACGCUCUGGCUCCGGGACUUUGUAUGUUGAGCCAGGGUGUGUUCGUUUUGUUGUGUGUUGGUUGUGUUGUCUUGGUUGGUCAAUGACUCCCAAUCGGAGGUAACGAGUGUCAGCUGUCGGCUCGUUAUCUCUGAUUGGGAGCCAUAUUUAUACUGUGUGUUUUCACCUUGUGGUUGUGGGUUUUUGUUCCAUGUUCAGUCAUUGUCACUUUUGGACUUCACGUAUCGUCAUUUUGGUUUUGUUGUUUUCGUGGUUGCUUUAUUUAAUAAAGUCAACAUGUUCGCUACAAACGCUGCGCUUUGGUCCACUCAUUCCGUAGACGGUCGUGACAGAAUGACGAGGAUUUGGGCUUUAUCAGGUGUCUGUAGAAUAUCCUUUGCGUCCGACUCGUUGAAUAAAUAAUCUUCGUCCAAUACGAGGUGAGUAAUCGCUGUCCUGAUAUCCAGAAGCUAUUUUUGGUCAUUAGAGACGGUGGCAGAAACAUUAUGUACAGAAUAAAUUACAAAUAACGCGAAAAAACACACAUAAUAGCACAUUUGGUUAGGGGGCCUUAAAAAGGCAGCCAUCUCCUCCGGCGCCAUUAAUAAUGUGCUAAGAUAUGUUGUAAGCAUGUCUGAGCAUUUAUAGUACACUGUCUUAUAAGGCUUAGCAAAGUUACAGUGCAUCUGUUGGCUCACAAAUACCUUUUUAAAAAAUGGUAAGGGCAUGGAUCAGAAAACUAGUCAGGAUCUGGUGUGAUCACCAUUUGCUUCAUACAGCUCGACACAUCUUUGCAUAGAGUUGAUCAGGCUGUUGAUUGUGGCCUGUGGAAUGUUUUCCCACUCCUCUUCAAUGGCUGUGUGAAAUUGCUGGAUGUUGGUGGGAACUGGAACGCGCUGUCGUACAGCAUCCUAAGCAUGCUCAAUGGGUGACAUGUCUGGUGAGUAUGCAGGCCAUGGAAGAACUGGGACAUUUUCAGCUUCCAGGAAAUGUGUACAGAUCCUUGCGACAUGGGGCUGUGCAUUAUCAUGCUGAAACAUGAGGUGAUGGUUGCGGGUGAAUGGCACGACAAUGGGCCUCAGGAUCUCGUCACGCAAUCUCUGUGCAUUCAAAUUGCCAUCAAUAAAAUGCAAUUGUGUUCGCUGUCUGUAGCUUAUGCCUGUCCGUACCAUAACCCCACCGCCACCAUGGGGCACUCUGUUCACAACGUUGGCAUCAGCAAACCACUCACCCACACGACGCCACACACGCUGUCUGCCAUCUGCCCGGUACAGUUGAAACCGGUAUUCAUCCGUGAAGAGCACACUUCUCCAGUGUGCCAGCGGCCAUCGAAGGUGAGCAUUUGCCACUGAAGUCGGUUACGACACAGAACUGCAGUCCAGUCAAGACCCUAGUCAGGACGACGAGAAUGCAGAUGAGCCGGUUUCCGACAGUUUGUGCAGAAAUUCUUCGGUUGUGCAAACCCAGUUUCAUCAGCUGUCCGGGUGGCUGGUCUCAGACGAAGCUGGAUGUGGAGGUCCUGGGCUGGCGUGGUUACACGUGUUGUGUGGUUGUGAGGCCGGUUGGACGUACUGCCACAUUCUCUAAAACUACGUUGGAGGCAGCUUACGCUAGUGAAAUAAACAUUACAUUUUCUGGUAACAGCUCUGGUGGACAUUCCUGCAGUCAGCAUGCCAAUUGCAUGCUCCCUGAAAACUUGAGACAUCUGUGGCAUUGUGUUGUGUGACAAAACUGCACAUUUUAGAGUGGCCUUGUAUUGUCCCCAGCACAAGGUGCACCUGUGUAAUGAUCAUGCUGUUUAAUCAGCUUCUUGAUAUACCACACCUGUCAGGUGGAUGGAUUAUCUUGGCAAAGGAGAAAUGGUCACUAACAGUGAUGUAAACAGAUUUGUGCACAACAUUUGAGAGAAAUAAGCUUUUUGUGCAUAUGGAAUAUUUCUGGGAUAUUUUAUUUCAGCUCAUGAAACAUGGGACCAACAAUUUACAUGUUGCGUUAAUAUUUUUGUUCAGUGUAUGAGGCGACAGUACAGAAUGUCACCUUUUCAUUUGGGUAUUUUGAUACAUAUUGGUUUUACUUUUUUAGAAAUGAUUUUUUUAUAUAUAUCUAGUACCCCCAUUUGAAGGUGUCACAUUCACUUAUAGUGUAUUAAAGUAGUCACAUGUUUAUUAUUUGGUCCCAUAUUCCUAGCACGCAAUGAUUACAUCAAGCUUGUGACUCUACAAACUUGUUGGAUUAAUUUGUAGUUUGUUUUGGUUGUUUCAGAUUAUGUUGUGCCCAAUAGAAAUGAAUGGUAAAUAACUUGUGUAAUUUUGGAGUCACUUUUAUUGUAAAUAAGAAUAUAAUAUGUUUCUAAACACUUCUACAUUAAUAUGGAUGCUACCAUGAUUAAGGAUAAUCAUGAAUGAAUUGUGAAUGAUGAGUGAGAAAGUUAGAAGCAUAAAUAUCAUACCCCAAAAAAGCAUUUAAAAAAAAAAAUCAAACCUCCCUCCUGUGAAGUAGGAACUAGUGUCAAAUGCAUAGGAUUCUGUAACCAGUCACAAAUAAUGUUUGAUUAAAUUGAAUGUGCUCCGGUGUCAUUACAUUGAGUUAGUCUAAUACUUCACAGGGACCUGGGUAAUGUAUUUUUUACUACUACAGUAGUUGAUGCAGUGUAUGUUAACUACUACAGGUCCUCGAGGUGACCCUGGGCUGGAUGGAAGAUCUGGACCUGGCCUUGACGGACCCCCUGGAUCUGGAGGACCACCCGGCCCCAGAGGUCAGAGGUCACACAUAUGUACAGACGCGUACGCACACAGGCGUGCGUACACACACACGUACACACACACACUUGGACUGGCAAACACACACUCGCGCGCACACUUGGACUUGCAAACACACACACAGACGUGCGCACACACUCACAAGUACAAAUAUACUGUAAAACAUAAAGGUGGUGAUGAUACUGAUAUACAGUAUAAGGAUUAUUAUUCUGUGUGUUUCUCGGCAGGGUCGGAUGGCCGUGAAGGGGAUAAAGGCCAUAGAGGUGUACCAGGCCCUGUGGGGGACAACGGAAUCCCAGGUCCUCCUAGCCCAGGACCUAUCACAGACUUAUAUGGGUUCCCAGGGGACCCUGGACAGCCUGGUGAGCACCAUAGAGACUCUGCGAUCAAUUCAAUCAAACCCACAAUGGAGUAUUUACGCAGAAGAACUUAUUACUCGUGGUCAAAUGGAAUCAAGGUUGUGUAAAAAGAUACUACUACGAGGUAUACUCAGCUCACAUGUACAGUGUGCAGAUGUUUCCAGUUGUCAGAGUGCAAAUGCAUAAGGAUACUGUGCAAAAAAAUGCUAUGACAGGUCCCGUUUGAAUCACGGACCAAAAUAUGUAAUCAAAUAUUGUGAGUAAUAUGGUCAUUUAAUGUGGAUUAUCUGUUGUACAAUAGGUAUGCUUGGUUUUCCUGGUGUUAGAGGAGACCCUGGAUAUCCUGGUCCAAAAGGCAUUGAUGGGAGGGAUGGUGACCCAGGAAAACAUGGACCUAGAGGUGUGUGUGCGUGCGAAAAGGAAAUGUCCUGCUUUGUGGUACUGACUGCAGUAGUGAUGGUAGUUCUGGUAAUAGUAGUGGCCACUGUUUCCAAAUACUAACAAAAAUAAUGCAAGUCAAUAUCCACGAUAUCACCAUGGCCGAUACUAAAUAUGAUCAUGUCCAGUCAUAUCCAAAUCAUCUUUAUUCAGUUUGACAAUCAAUUUCAGACACUUUGGGAUGAUGUGGACAUGGCAUGCAAAACACGCUCAUAUUGGGGAUGUUGACAGGAUAUUGCUAUCCAAAGUUCUCUACAUCACACCUGUGUACUUAAAGGAAAUCUCCACUCAAUAGCUAUAUUUUGGUAUUUGUUUCAAUAGUCCAUUGUUGACAUAGUCUCAAACUGUUUUGCUUGUCAGCAAUCAAGUUUUCAAGAUGUGUAACUUUCAAAAUAAAGAGAUCAUCCCCGGAUGAUGGUGUUAAUUGUCCAUGACCUGAUUUGCAAAUGUCAGAAAGAUCAACAAGAGUUCACACAGAUUGUAUUAUUUAACCAGAUUUAUUAAAGUAGGAUAAACGCAAGGGAACCAUCAAAUACACAAAUGGAACUUAACUUGUCUGAUUUCACAGGUUUCAACAACACACUAUCACAGCUUAUUGUGAAAUAGACACAAAUUACUUAUUCCAAAUUUGUGACAGGCACACGAAAAAGUCAUUUUUUGUGUGUAUUACACGACUUUCAUCACAAAGCAUUUCAUGUGUAUAACACGAUAUUCUUUAUUCGUAACGCAUUCGUGUACAUUGCACAAAUUCCAAUUUGUUGUGGCUAACAUUAGCUAGGCUAGCUAGGUGGCUAACGUUUGCUAGGCUAGAGGUUAGGGUUAGGUUUAGGGGUUAGGAUUUAGCGUUAGGUAAUAUGCUAGCUAAGUAGUUAUAGGGUUAAGGUUAGGGGAAGGGUUAGCGAACAUGCUAAGUAGUUGCAAAGUAGCUAAAAAGUAGUAAGUAGUUGCUAAUUAGCUAAAAUUGUCCGUGAUGAGAUUUGAACAUGCAACCUUUGGGUUGCAAGACGUUCGUGUUAUACGCCCACCCAUCCUCCCCAACCAACCUCUCUCCUAUCGUUUCUGUCUUAAGUAACCUACUCAUUAUCUGUGAUUUUGAAAUUUACUGUAUACAAAAUCUUGUACUGCUUAUGAAAAUAAACUUUUUUGUGUGCCUGUCACGAAUUUCCAAUAAGCAAUUUGUGUCUAUUUCACAGUAGUCUGUGAUACUGGGUUGGGUUUCAAAUAAGAAAAAUUUUCAUUUUAAAAUGAGCUUGGCCAUGUUAACAAUCUUAACAAUGAUUAAACAAGAGAAAAAUCACACAAUGCUAAAAUAUAAUGAGGAAGUUGAGUUCAACUAUUCUCUGUCAAUCCGAGCAUGUGAGUGGAGCUGGAGUGGAGCGAGGAGCGGAGUGAGGAGCGGAGCCUGCCCAAUUUGACUGGAGUGAGAUUCCCAAAGGCUGGAGUGUCGGCCUUCUCACCCGCUCCAGGAGCGCUCACUUCACCAGCUCAGGGCAUGCCCGCCCCAGCAUGCAUUUGUAGUCUACUUGUGUGCUGCUAUAGCCUUUUGCUUUAGCUACUGUCAUGGAGUUCGCUAAAUAUUUUCUUUAUGAUAAAACACACAGGUGCUAAAUCAAGGUGACUUAGAAAGAUGAGGACUAAGAGCAAGAGAUGGAGUGUGGUGAUGUAGUGUCCAAAACUAAAGAAUCAUUGUGGAAUCUGAAAAGACACUUGAUGGUGUACUUACUAUGUGCACAUGCUAAAAUAAAGGAAUGAGGUGGGUAGAUAACUGUCAUUAUAGCAAAGUAUUUAUAAACAAAAAAUCAGAUCUCUUAAACGUUUCGUUAAUUUUCGUUCUAUUACCUAUACAAUAGGCCAUAAUUUAGUUUUGGCCCAAUAUUCCCACGUUCAAGGAGCUUUCCGUUUUGAUUUGAUUAUUUUGGCCUAAAAAAAUAAAAAUAUCUCUGCCCAGCCUGGCAAGAAUGGCCAAAAGGGUGUUUAUUAUCCCCAUGAGCCUGAAGCCACAGACUGGCCAAACUCGUGUUUCUAAAAAUGAUUUCUAAAAAUGAAUUCAAAGGCACUAAUAAGUCAGUUUUCAUUUAAUUUGUAUUUAAUUCUAAGUAAGUCACAGCCUAAAUGCCCAAUGUAUAGACUACACUGAUUUAAUAAAACAAAAUGUUGUUUAAAUGCUGAGCCCUUUAUGUCCCUACCAGCCUAUUGUGUUGCACUCGCAAAUGCUUCACAAUGUAUUUCUUUGUAGGCUGUAGCCUUGAACAAAUUUAAAUAAUAUAGCCUAAAUAAUUCAUUUUCUUCCCUUCUUAGUCUCCAUCUGGCUCCUGACCUAUUUAGAGUGUUUGUAUGCUGUUUAAUAGGACAUGUAGCCUAUUUGAAAUGAUGUUCGCUUCCUACAUUCACCUUUUCAUGUUUAUUCAAAUACUUUUCAUUCAAAAUGGUUUGGUUUAAAUACUUAAAACCCAAUUGGUAGGUCCAGGUAGUCACAAAAAUACAGUGGGGAAAAAAAGUAUUUAGUCAGCCACCAAUUGUGCAAGUUCUCCCACUUAAAAAGAUGAGAGAGGCCUGUAAUUUUCAUCAUUGGUACACGUCAACUAUGACAGACAAAUUGAGAAAAAGAAAUCCAGAAAAUCACAUUGUAGGAUUUUUUAUGAAUUUAUUUGCAAAUUAUGGUGGAAAAUAAGUAUUUGGUCACCUACAAACAAGCAAGAUUUCUGGCUCUCACAGACCUGUAACUUCUUAUUUAAGAGGCUCCUCUGUCCUCCACUCGUUACCUGUAUUAAUGGCACCUGUUUGAACUUGUUAUCAGUAUAAAAGACACCUGUCCACAACCUCAAACAGUCACAUUCCAAACUCCACUAUGGCCAAGACCAAAGAGCUGUCAAAGGACACCAGAAACAAAAUUGUAGACCUGCACCAGGCUGGGAAGACUGAAUCUGCAAUAGGUAAGCAGCUUGGUUUGAAGAAAUCAACUGUGGGAGCAAUUAUUAGGAAAUGGAAGACAUACAAGACCACUGAUAAUCUCCCUCGAUCUGGGGCUCCACGCAAGAUCUCACCCUGUGGGAUCAAAAUGAUCCACACGGGGGGACCUAGUGAAUGACUUGCAGAGAGCUGGGACCAAAGUAACAAAGCCUACCAUCAGUAACACACUACACCGCCAGGGACUCAAAUCCUGCAGUGCCAGACGUGUCCCCCUGCUUAAGCCAGUACAUGUCCAGGCCCGUCUGAAGUUUGCUAGAGUGCAUUUGGAUGAUCCAGAAGAGGAUUCGGAGAAUGUCAUAUGGUCAGAUGAAACCAAAAUAGAACUUUUUGGUAAAAACUCAACUCGUCGUGUUUGGAGGACAAAGAAUGCUGAGUUGCAUCCAAAGAACACCAUACCUACUGUGAAGCAUGGGGGUGGAAACAUCAUGCUUUGGAGCUGUUUUUCUGCAAAGGGACCAGGACGACUGAUCCGUGUAAAGGAAAGAAUGAAUGGGGCCAUGUAUCGUGAGAUUUUGAGUGAAAACCUCCUUCCAUCAGCAAGGGCAUUGAAGAUGAAACGUGGCUGGGUCUUUCAGCAUGACAAUGAUCCCAAACACACCGCCCGGGCAACGAAGGAGUGGCUUCGUAAGAAGCAUUUCAAGGUCCUGGAGUGGCCUAGCCAGUCUCCAGAUCUCAACCCCAUAGAAAAUCUUUGGAGGGAGUUGAAAUCCGUGUUGCCCAGCGACAGCCCCAAAACAUCACUGCUCUAGAGGAGAUCUGCAUGGAGGAAUGGGCCAAAAUACCAGCAACAGUGUGUGAAAACCUUGUGAAGACUUACAGAAAACAUUUGACCUGUGUCAUUGCCAACAAAGGGUAUAUAACAAAGUAUUGAGAAACUUUUGUUAUUGACCAAAUACUUAUUUUCCACCAUAAUUUGCAAAUAAAUUCAUAAAAAAUCCUACAAUGUGAUUUUCUGGAUUUCUUUUUCUCAUUUUGUCUGUCAUAGUUGACGUGUACCUAUGAUGAAAAUUACAGGCCUCUCUCAUCUUUUUAAGUGGGAGAACUUGCACAAUUGGUGGCUGACUAAAUACUUUUUUCCCCCACUGUAGAUGGGUGUUGGUUAAAAUGUGAUUUUAAUGAAUGGGGCAAAUUUGAAGCGGGAGUUUCUUUUCCUGUGAGGGAGGAGCGGUUUUUAGCAGAGAUUAGGAAAGGACAUGGAGUACCGGAGCACUGCUCCAUGAGGGAUGAGCAGGAUUUCCAACCGCUCAACUCCGCUCACAUGCUCUGCUCUCAAUGAUGUCACCAGACCUACAGUAUACAGUAGAGGUUAAUUUCUAUUGGCUCAACUGAGGACAAAGGUAAUGAGUUAUGUGUACAUUGCACAAUCAAUCUUCUACGUUUGCGUGCCUAUGAUCCGUAUGAUAAGCUGUUUGUAGGAUGAAGUAAGGACACACGUGUGGAGCCUGGGCAUCAUUUUAGAUUUGAUUGAUUGAUUGAUUUGAUCAUUAAAAGUAGUAGGCUGCUCCAGUCAGAGACAACAUUGCAUACAUUAAAUAUUAUUGAGGGUAAAAACACGAUAAAGUCUUAUUUUAUUGUGAUCCUCUUUGGCAAACAAUAUGGCAGGUGGGCAAGAUCGACAAUGCACACGCUUGUUCACACAAUGUAAUAAAUAAAAAAACACAGCACUAAAUUACAAAUAUUUAUAACAUAAUCAACAGUACAGCGGUGCCCAUAGGUGAAGCAAAGUUCAGCAUUACAGACACACACUCAACCUCCUGUAUGUAGACUCAGCAUAAGGAGCAGCACGCUAUCAAUCAAGGUGGUAGUCACUCUAUCGAUCAAGGAUAAAGUGGGAGUGGUAAUUGUCCGGAACCUGAUUUGCAAAAGUCAGAACCAUCAACAAGAGUUCACACAGAGUUCAGCUAUACUAUAUGCUAAUGAAUCCAAGGGGACCAUAAAAUACAUUAACCGAGCUUAACCGGAUACAUUUCAGGGGUAAAAACAAAAGAGAAUAAUUUAAAAUUAUCUUAAUAAUCUUAAGAAUGACUUAAGACGAGAAAAUCACACUGCUGAUACCAGUUGUAAAACAUAUUGAUGAUAACAAAACGCAUAAUAAAUCAUAUUCAAACCUGAUAAGGUGAUUUAACGAAAUCAUAUGUUAAAUACAAUCACAACCUUCCUAUAGAUUAUGCACUUUUUAUUAUUUCUAGCAACUCCAAUGUUAGGAGUCGGCCCUGCAGAAUCCCUACCACCCAUUGGCUAUUAGGAACCAUUGAUACAGGGCAGAUUCCCAGCCCUGUGGAGGUAGAGGAUAGGCUGAACAAACCCAGUGACACAACACACCUGUGUCCUUACUUCCUGAAUGAUGACUGUGCAGUGUGCACAUAACCCAUUAUUACCUUUCUCUUAAGUUGACCAGUAGAAAAUGGAAUAGGACAUUUUCCUAAAUAAAAUGUGUGUGCUUGCUUGUCUUUGAAUAUUUAUACUUGUGAAAUAAAUGGUAGUGGGGUAAAACAACAUGCAGUGGAAGUGGUAAUGACUGCAGUAGUAAUUUAAUUGGUAGUGACUACAUUAGUAAUAGUAGUGACUGUUUUAGUAUGAUUUAUAACAAGAGUAUGUCAGAUUGCUAGAGUUGCCUUUCAGCAAGCAAACUAAUGACGUGAUGUUAGGUCCCCCAGGUGAUCGUGGAGCCGAUGACCUAUAUUCAGUAGGAGGACCAGGCCCAUCUGGACCCUGGGGAGAUAUUGGGAUCAUGGGUUUACCAGGUAACACACACACACACACACUCACACACAAUCACAACAAAAGGUAUUCUUGUAUGCAUGGCAUACCAACUUAUGAUAUACUGAAAAUGGUUCAAACAAAUUAAAAUCCAAUUGAUUAUGUUCUUACAGUUCUUAUUGAGUUGUGUGGAUGUGAUAUCCUAGGUCCCCAUGGAAUAAAGGGAGUUCCAGGUUACCACGGAGGCCCGGGACAAGACGGUAGACCCGGUCCAUACGGGCCUAAAGGAACUAAAGGAGAGGCCAGUUAUGCUCAACCAGGCCGACUAGGACCACCUGGACAGAAGGUGUGUUCAACAAACAGAACCACAGUCUAUUACCAGCUAUUGGAAUCACUGCCAAGGUGCAACACAAUACUGUAUAACUACAGACACCAUUUAAACACCAAUGUGACUGUUACCUGGCUCUGAUAACACUAUUCUCUCUCUCUCUCUCGCUCUCUCUCUCUCUCUCUCUCUCGCUCUCUCUCUCUCUCUCUCUCGCUCUCUCUCCUUCUCUUUAGGGCGAGCCAGCAGUGUGGAGCAGACAUGGUUCCAAGGGAGAGAAAGGCUCUCCUGCUUACGCAGGUCGUCCAGGCUCCCAAGGUCCCACUGGAGCCAAAGGAGACCCAGGACAUUAUGGACAUCAUGGUUACUACUACUGAAAUACUAAUUAUGAUAGAUGAUCAUGAGGAUGAUGAUGCUUGUAAUUUUCUUAGUCUUUCUUUCUUUUUGUUUCUUCUCUGUGAUCCAGGACCCCAAGGUCCUGCAGGGCCACCAGGUACCGAUGGUCCUCCAGGCCCCCCAGGACCCACUCCGUCAUAUGGAGCUCCAGGUCAGAACAUCACUAAGGUUUAUUCAAGAAAUACUGUAUAUCAAUGAAAAUACAGUAUGUGUAUGUUUUUAUGUCUCUGACGUGUGUGUAUAUGUUGUUGGGGUGUCUGACCAUGUACUCUUUCAUAGGACAACCAGGGUUACCUGGCCCUCCUGGUCCCUGUGGUCCUAAAGGUAACCAAGGUCACGAUGGUAUUCCUGGACCUGCUGGUCAGAAGGGAGAGACACGUAAGACACCUUGACUUCUACUUGCGUUGUGUUUUAUAUCAAUACUUCUUGCCCCAUGCAUAUGUAAUAAUUUUACAUUUUGUGGAUAUAAUAUCUUCUGGUGCUCUCUCUAGUGAUUGUGGGGUCGACUCCUGGCCUACGUGGAGAGAAUGGACAACCAGGUGAGUCUCGGAUUGAUGACAUCAUUCCUAUACCUUCAGACAUGUACCACUGGCUCAACAUUUGGAUUUGUUAUUGGCUAAACCUAUGUUAUUAAUUAGAAUUGGUUCUGUAAUAAACUUGAUUUAAGUUACUAUUGGCUCCGUCCAUGGCUAAAAUUGGUCUAAUUGGCUAAAAUUGUUUUCUGUUUCCCUAUAGGUCCAAUGGGAGAUGUGGGUUUUCCUGGCCCCACUGUUUUGGGACCCCCAGGGUUUACAGGAGACCGGGGCGUCGAAGGACCCCAAGGUCCUCGUGGUGAGCCAGGGCGUGGUGCUGUUUGUCUCAACGGGCUGAAAGGAGAAACUGGUCCUCAUGGCAGACCUGGAAGCCCUGGUGAGGACUCAAUGUUCUUUGUGGCUUUGGACACCAACUCUGUCACUGAUUAGCUCUAUACCUGAAUCUAACUGAAACUGUAGCAGUUAGUGCUGACACAAACUCUACCCUUGAAUCAAAUUCAAUCUCUAUCCUUGACUCUAUAGGCUGGUUUCCCAGACACAGAUUAAACCUACAUCUGGACAGUAUAGAGAAUAAAGUGCUUCUUAGUCAAGGACUAGGCUUGGACUCAUUAUGAACAACUAUCCCAGAUUCACUCACACUAUUGGCUAGUUUUAACUCACUCAUUCAAACUCUUAUUCCUUCUGACUAACAAACUCAAUAGUUAUGACUUAGUAAGUCAAACUCUUAUCUCUGACUCUAACUCAACCUCUCCCUUAUUCACAACGGCCCUGAAUGCUACUCUAUCAAAACAUGCCUCUGACUGAAAUGGGUCUUUCUGUCUGCAGGGCACCGGGGCCCACGGGGCCAGUCAGGGUCUGGAGGCUAUGAACAUAAAGGGGACAGGGGAGACCCAGGCGCUCCAGGGGGCAGAGGCUUCGACGGGCCCAGAGGGGACCCAGGGAUUCCAGGGCCAUGGGUGAGUCACUCCACUGAAGAGUACAAGACCAACUAAAUGUUGCUUAUGUUUUGGAACAUCUCUUAAAACGCUGGAAAAAAUAGAUGUUAUAAGUAAUUCUGUGUAUAAUUUAAAGUCUGAGUUAUUGCUUGAAUUGCUUUCUACCCCCUAGGGACCAGGAGCCAUCCCUGGACCUCCAGGACCAAUAGGUGAACCAGGUCACCCUGGACCCCCAGGAUUCCCCGGUAAUCUUAUUGCAUCAACAACAAUCCUCUGCAUUGUCAUUUUUUAUUUACAAAAACUAAAUUGUCAUUACACCAUAGUAUUGAGUGCAGCCAAGAGUUUAUCCUGACCAUGAAGAACUCUGGGUUCUGGUUCUAGUUCUAGGGCAAAGACUUUUCCCUGGUAAGUUCACAUGCUCUGGAAAAAACUCCUGUGCCUAUUAAUGUGUGCCGUGUGUUGUAGCCAUCAAAACGUCAUCCCUAGAUUUUCUUUGACAUGCUAGAUGGUGUGUGUGUGUGUGUGUGUGUGUGUGUGUGUGUGUGUGUGUGUGUGUGUGUGUGUGUGUGUGUGUGUGUACAAAAUGUGUUUGGUUUGUUUCACUUGAGCGAGUCUGACCACAAGUCUGAGACCACUAUGAUGACACCAAAUGCGUUUGAUGGAUCAUUUUUGCAUUCUUCUAAUGCAGGGUCUGCUCAACCCUCUUCCUGGAGAUCUACUGUCCUGUAGGUUUUCAGUCCAACCCUAAUUUAGCGUAUCUGAUUCAGCUAGUUAAGGUCUUGUUGAGCAGCUAAUAAGUAGAAUCAGGUGUGUUAAAUUAGGGUUGGACUGAAAACCCACAGGACGGUAGAUCUCCAGGAAGAGGGUUGGGCAGCCCUGCUCUAAUGCCUCUUAAGGGGAAAGUAGUCCAAAAGUAAUUAGAUUACAUUACUGAGUUUGGGUAAUCCAAAAGUUACGUUACUGAUGACAAUUUUGGACAGGUACUAGUAACUGCAAAGUAUUACAUUUAGAAAGUAACCUACCCAACCGUGUGUGUGUGUGGUGCAGUUGGUGAUUCAGUGUCUCUUGAUGAACUGUGGUGUUUUAGGAGAGACGGGUGAUCCUAGUUAUAACCCCGGCCCCAAAGGACCAAAUGGAGCCAAAGGCCAGCCAGGACCACCAGGUCAAUAUUUAACACUCAACAUUAAACUCUGACAACUCAACAUUAAACACUGACAACUCAACAUUAAACACUGACAACUCAACAUUUAACACUGAAAAUUCAAAACUCAACAUUCAACACUGAAAACCAUUGGGUCAAUAUUCAAUUUACCAAAGCAUCCUAACUCUAAACAGUAUCUUUAGCACAAUUUAUUCUUAAGGAGUUAGUCAAAACAAAUCAAAGGUUUUUUCAUGCACAUCUACAGGUCGUCCAGGGCUUGACGUGUCUGGACAAGUGAGACACCAUCAAGGGGAUCCAGGCCCACCUGGUCACCCCGGGAACCAAGGAUUUCCAGGUCCAAGUGGGCCGCCAGGACGGCCAGGAUUUGCAGGUUCAGUAUCCUUUUAUCAUCUGCAACUACAAGCCACAUGGCCAGGCCAACCAUGAUUCACUUCAACCAAAUGUCAUAUUCUUUCUAACUAAUGAAGUAGUCUAUGGGGAAGGAGUGAAUGCAACCUAUGCCAUGUCUUAGCUACGGGCACCACAGGCUAACAUUAGCACAAAUGGUCUCAUUAGCUCCUACUUUAGCUUUGGCUAACUAAAUUGCUUACCAAAAUCAAGUUGCCCCUCUCACUGCCAGGCCCCACAGGCCCUAAGGGUCAGUACGGAAACAGCCCUCCAGGCCUGCCUGGCUUCCCCGGGCGCAAGGGAGACAAGGGAUCACAGGGACAGACAGGUAUUUAUAUAAAUGUGUUUGCCAGUGAUCUUGUUGAACAUGAGGCGAACCGUUGGAAAACAUGUAUUUUAUCUAAGUGUUUUUGCUUGGGCAGGGCCGGUAGGCUACCAGGGGCCUCCGGGUCAGAAGGGUUCUCGUGGCCCGUGGGGCUCCACCACGGCAGGUCUGGCUGACAGUUUCCUGCUGGCCCGACACAGCCAGACGAUCAGAGUGCCUGACUGCCCCAGAGGCACCACCCUCAUCUACUCCGGAUACUCUCUGCUCUUCAUUAAUGGCAAUGAGAGAGCCCACGGACAAGACCUAGGUAAACAGCAUGGAGUCACACAUUAAUAGUAAUGAGGCACACACACACUGCUCAACACAAAGUCACCAAACGCAGAGCGGUUGUAUUCAUAGGUUGCACCUCUGUCAUUUGGGCGCGUCAUGCCAUUGUUCUGAACGUUCUCAAGCUGUGCUCUACCGGCACAAUAGUGGUGCUCUAAACUCGUGAUAAGCCCAGUCAUUCUGGAUGGAGGCUAACAACUGUUUAGUCUAAAUUACACUGUAGUGCCUGGAAAUACAAUGACUUUGCUAAAGUAGUCAAAUAUUUAGUAGGAAACAGCAUUAUCAUGUCAUCAAAUUUACUUUAGACAGAUGGCAAUGUUGUCAUUAGCUAGCAAAGUUUGUCAAAAAUGGCUAGCAAUGCUGACAUUAGCUAGCUAUAAUCCGGUGUCCUCCCCUCAAUCUUAGCUAACUAUCUGAGGUUAUACUACAUUUAAAGUCAGUCUGAUGAUAUCAAAAGGAUGACAAAAGGUUUUCCUGCUAAUGAAUUGCCUCCUUUUGAACAUGCAACCCAUGAAUAGGUGCAAUAUGGUGAAAUUAUUACAAAGCAUAUCAAAAGGCAAUGUGGAGCUAAUAACAUUUUGGUUAAUACCUAAUGUAUCCAAUCAUCUCAGAUCUACCUAGAGGGUACAGGUCGAUUUGGGAUUGAGCAAAUGAGGUUCCUAAAAUUGUGAUGUUAGCUCGGCACUCUUACUUUUGCUGUUAAUUUGACAUUGUCUCUCUUUGAUGACCUCACCACUGUCCCCCCAGGCUCCAUGGGCAGCUGCCUACCUCGUUUCUCCACCAUGCCCUUCCUGUUCUGUGACACGGACAACACCUGUCGCUACGCCGCCCGCAAUGACUACUCCUAUUGGCUGUCGACGGAGAAGUCCAUGCCGCGCAGCAUGGACCUGAUCAGAGGAGACGAGAUAGGGAGCUACAUCAGCAGGUACACAGUCCUGGGAGGAGGGACAAACACACACACACACACAUACUUGCAGUCUAAAAAAUACAGGGCCUCUACAGUCUGCACUCUUUAUUUUGGAACACAUUUUGACAUGUUGCACUGAAAUGACACUAUAUGCUACACUUGUUGGUGGUGUGUGAUUUAGGUGUUCAGUGUGUGA